AUGGCCAGAUUACCAAGAAGAAAAGCAAUUGAGAAUGAGCUCAAUGGUCAUGGUGCGCCCUUGACAAGAACUUUAUCUAUAGAAUCAAUUUCCUCACUUUUUAAGCGAAAUAGAAAAAGGAAAUUGGAGGAUGACUCUUCGGUCAAGUCAUCGAGCCCUACCACCGACAACGAAGAUGCGGAGCUGUCUAAAUAUGAAGAUGAAGUCGAAGAGAAUGACGAUGAUGAUGAUGAUGAUGAUGAUAAUGAAGAGGAAGAAGAAGAUAAAGAUAAAGAUGGGAACGAUCAGGAAGGUCGUGGUGGCAAUAGAAGAGCCAAAAAGAGAAGGAUAAAAACAAAAGAGGAAGAAGAGUUUGAAGAAAAAGAGCGGAAAUUGGAUGAGGAACUACCAGAAGAAUAUAGAAAAUUCAGACCUAGAGGUUUCAGAUUCAACAUUCCACCAAAGGAUAAACCAAUUAGAAUAUACGCUGAUGGUGUGUUUGACUUAUUUCACUUGGGUCACAUGAAACAAUUGGAGCAAGCUAAAAAGUCUUUUGAGAAUGUCGAGUUGGUUUGUGGAAUUCCCUCCGAUAAAGAGACACAUAAGCGUAAAGGUUUAACUGUUUUGACAGAUGAGCAAAGGUGCGAAACUUUAAAGCAUUGUAAAUGGGUCGAUGAAGUGAUUCCCAACGCUCCAUGGUGUGUUACCCCAGAGUUUUUAAGGGAACACAAUAUUGAUUAUGUUGCACAUGAUGAUUUACCUUAUGCAAGUAGUGAUAGUGAUGAUAUCUAUAAGCCAAUUAAAGAGCAAGGGAUGUUUCUCACCACUCAAAGAACAGAAGGUAUCUCUACUUCAGACAUUAUCACCAAGAUUAUCCGUGAUUAUGACAAAUACUUGAUGAGGAACUUUGCAAGAGGUGCCACUCGAAAAGAGCUUAAUGUGAGUUGGCUCAAGAAGAAUGAAUUAGAAUUCAAGAAACAUAUUAAUGAUUUUAGAACAUACUGGAUGAGGAACAAGCUGAAUAUCAACAAUGUUAGCCGUGAUCUCUACUUCGAAAUUAGGGAAUUUAUGAGAGGCAAGAAGUUUGACGUGCAACAAUAUUUGGAAAACCAACAAAAGCAACAACAAAAACACAAGAACCAACAAUCAAUUACAAAUGGAAGUCAAGGGCCAAGCAGAAGUGGGUCUAUUAGUGAUUUUGAGGAUUCUACUUCGUACAAAGGCGGCUCUCCACUCACAGAUUUUGCGUCAAAAUAUAUAGGAAAUGCCAACAAGGAAUUAAAUAAUGCAGGAAAAGUAAUUCUGAAAUGGAUACAUGGCGAGGACGAUUCGGAUGAGGAGGAGAUCAAACCUAUAGUGAUAAAACCAGUACACAAGGCCAGAAGGAGAAGCAGUAGCAGUAACAGUAGCAUUAAACCCCGUUUAAUCAACAACAGUGCUACCACUAACGCCAACAUGAAUGCAACAACGACAACAACUAAAGGCACACUGAGUGGAGCUGCAGUGAAAUCUACGCCUAAAAAAGGAUCAUCAACACCAAGGAAAACUCCUCAAAAGAAAGCAUAUUAG